AUGUCACUUUCAGCAGAGUGCAUACAAAAUAUUUUUUUGUUUCUAUACGAAGAUACCGCCGAUUUAUUUUCUUGUUUACUGGUCAACCGUUUCUGGUGUCAAAACAGUGUAGCACUUUUGUGGCGACGUCCUUGGAUUCCUGAACAUUCGAGAAACCAAGACUCUGCUUCAAAAUUGAUACAAAUUUAUGUUUCAUGCUUACCAGAAGAAGCAAAGAGAGCUUUAAUAAAGAAUGGGAUAAAUUUUCGAACACCGUCUACACCUCUUGCUUUUGACUAUGCAUCGUUCCUUCGCGACCUCGAUUAUGAUCAAAUGUAUUGGUCGAUUAAUAUGUCAUCGUCAUAUCGAAGCGAAUCGGAAGAAGAGACCGAGGAAGAAACAGAAAGAAAGUCCAAAUUAGUUGCGAAUGAACUAUGUAAACUCUUUAUGAGUAAAUGUGCUACAUUUUUCAGUUUGUGUCUUGCUACACGAGUUGAUCAAGUCGAUUAUCCAUUUCUCCCAUCUUUUCCGAAUACAGGAAAUUAUUUGUCAAAACUACGUGAAUUUACUUGUCAGGGUGACGAGAAAGCAGAAUUAUUUAUUGCGCUGUCUCAAGUGUGCAAAGAUAUUCAUAGAAUCAGUGUCAGUGGAACAAGUUAUAGUAUUUGGACACCAAAUUACGAGGCGGAUACUCUUAGCUUAGCAUCUUUGAUUAAAGCGCAAACGCGACUAAAAAGUCUUUGUCUUUACGGAUAUCAAGGAUUCUUGGCAAAUAUUCUGAACGCUUUGGAAUAUCAACGACAUUCUUUGGAAUCACUUGAGCUGCGCUAUACUGACAUCAAAUCAGAGAGCGAUUGUGAUAGUCUAGAGACACUAUCUCAAUGUGAGAAUCUUAUAUCCUUGAAACUACACAACUGCUCAAUUCCUCCAAAUGAGAAACUCAUGCACUUGACAAAGUUCUCACGACUCGAAGAGUUCGACUAUUGCAAUGAAUGGAAUCCGUUUUUCGCGCUCCCGCCAAACAAUUUCUGGGCGACAAUGCUUCAAAAUACCACGAAAACACUACGUCGUUUAUCGUUAUGGUGGAUCCGAGCCGAUCAAAACGACGGCGCGCAAAUAAUAGAAUACAUUGCCGAAAAUUGUAAAAACGUCACCUAUCUUCACUUACCGGUUCUUUGGGCGUCCGAAGUGUUUAAAAUACUUGACUCGUGUAUGUUACUAAAAACGUUUUUAUUUAGCGGCGAAGAAUUUGACGCGAAUGAAACGUUGCCGCAGUUAGGUAAAUAUGUUCCAAGGCGAUUACGACGGCUUGCAAUCAAAGACAUAAAUAAGGAUGGGCAUAACGCAGGUUGGCAGUUUACCGAAAAGUCUCUUGAACGAUUUUUAGAGAAUUGCAAAGCUCCUUUGGAAGUAUUCGACUUGAGAAACUGCGAGUGUAUGACUGAUCAACAUUACGCUGUUUUGAAGCGAAGAAAUAUACAGCAUAUUAUUUGA